UUUCGUGGCCAAUGUAACACACUGCUCUAUUCCAUGGUGAGAGAAUCAAACUUCCUAUUUCAGCUGUGAGGACUCGGGCAUGUUUUAGACAUCCAAAGCGGAAGAGGACGAAAUUACUGCGUUCAUGAGCCCGGAGAUCGGAUAUCACUCUUUUUGCGCAGUAAAAAAAUAGCCGCGUCCAGGGUGGCUCCAGUUAACCGGAAGAGUAGGAUGGAUGUUUCUCCUUGUGCGCCUCGGGUAGACAUGUGAAUUUUUACGCACCACAUCGAUGCGAAUUUUUACGCACCACCGAAAAAUAGAGACUCGAAGCACGGAAGAAGUGUGUCGCGUCCAGAAACGCGCAGUAAUGAUGCAGCAUCCUCUGGAGAUCGGUGCUCACUAUUACCCUGCGGAGGCACAGCAGGACCACAGGUCUCACCGAUACAGAAGCUUUAUGAUUGAGGAGAUCCUCACCGAGCAUCCGGACCACAAGGUCUCCCCGCCUGCAGGAGAUUUACUAAAAUUCGGAGUACAUGCGCUUUUAUCGGCACGGCCGUAUCCAAAUCACUUAGUGCUGAAGGCAGAGCAGAGCGGCCUGCUGAAGUUCCCCGUGUCUCCGCUGUCAUGUUCUCUCGGGCCGCCGCUCGGCUCUGCGCUGCUCCCCGGGCCUCCGGUGCUCGGUGUUGGCUCAGCCUCGCAUCAUCUCCCGCUCGAUCUGCACCUACGCGGAAAACUCGAACCCGGAGCCGAGGCGCUCAGCAAAACCAAGAAAGGUAGAAGAAGCAGAACCGUGUUUACCGAGCUCCAGCUCAUGGGUCUGGAGAAAAGAUUCGAGAAACAAAAAUACCUCUCGACCCCGGACAGGAUAGACCUGGCUGAGUCUUUAGGCCUCAGUCAGCUGCAGGUCAAAACGUGGUAUCAAAACAGAAGAAUGAAAUGGAAAAAAAUCGUAUUGCAGGGAGGAGGGCUGGAGUCCCCAACUAAACCGAAAGGGCGGCCGAAAAAGAACUCUAUACCUUCCGGAGAGCAGCUUUCCGAACAGGAGAGAGAGAGGACGCGGGAAGCCGAGGGCGCAUCUUCAUCCUCUUCAUCAUCGUCAUGCUCUUCAUCAUGCUCUGGCCAGUCUGAACCCACUCAAGAGGAAUAAACAUGCAACUCUCAGCCUUUGUGGAUCCAACUUUAAGGAUGCAUAGGCUAACGGUCUCGCAUGGAUUGUUUCCUGUCGAAAUCGACGUUUUGGCACUUAAAAACUGAUUCAGUCAAGUGGACCGAUAUGAUGUUUCCAUUUUGUAAAUAUAUAUAUAUAAUGGACGGCUGCCUAAUCUUGUUCUUCUCUUUAUGAAAAAAAAAAUUUAGAGCAGGACUGAGCAGAAAUUGGUCUCUCACCUUUGUUAACACUUUACAUUGGAGAUGUCGCUUCGCGGGGACAGUUUCUCUGCAAUUCUUAUGCUCCGUGAUUUUAACUAUGUAUGAAUAAUAUGAUAAAGAAUUAAAUGUUCUUUUUACAGAGACAGAUGAUAAUG